AUGCCUGCUGUUGGAAGUUCUUGGAAGUCAAACCGAAACUACGGUGCUGUCAUAGAUGCAGGUAGCUCUGGUUCUAGAAUACAAAUAUACUCUUGGAAAGACCAUAGAUUUGUGCGCGAGCAAAAUGACAAUCUUCAUGCUCUGCCGAACAUCGAACUUGCUGACGAAUUAGGGGAGAAAUGGCAGUAUAAGGUAGAACCAGGGAUAUCUUCCUUUGUCGAAAAACCGAUGGAUGUUGGGGAUCAUCAUCUUAGACAGCUGUUGGAUUUUGCGCUUGAAGUCGUCCCACAGAAUAAGAUUGUCGACACUCCAGUAUAUUUAUUCGCUACAGCAGGAAUGCGUCUUUUAACUAAUGAGCAACAAAAGCAAAUUUUAGAUAGUGCGUGUGCUUACAUUCGAACUUAUUAUCAUUUCCGAUUGGACAAAUGUAAAGACCGGAUCAAAGUAAUCUCGGGUAAAAUGGAAGGAGUAUACGGCUGGCUUGCUGUGAAUUAUAAAUUGGGCGGAUUUACUACCGAUAAUGUUGAACAUUUUACGCCUCAUGACGUUAAAGAUCUUUCAGGAGCCAACAAACACAUCACUACCUUCGGUUUCUUAGAUAUGGGUGGCGCUAGCGCACAAAUUGCAUUUGAACCUAAUUCGAUAGAGGCUCAAAAACAUCAAAAAGAUUUGGAAACUGUAACUCUUUACACUCUUGAUGAGAAGAAAUUAGAUUAUUACGUGUUUGUCACCACAUUUCUGGGCUUUGGAACUAACGAGGCCCGUCGGAGAUAUGUGGAGAUGCGAAUUAACAGUUAUAAUGGUACUCGUACAGAGAUCAAGAAUCCAGGAACAGCACGUGAACAGAUAACCACAAUAAUCAAGGAUCCUUGUAUACCAAAGAAUUUACUUCUCACUGAUACAUCUCGUCCUCCUCCUUAUCAUGCCUUUCAAGGAACUGGUUCCUUUAGGGAUUGUCUUGAACAAACGCUUCCAUUGCUAAACAAGACGGUACCUUGCAACGAUUCACCUUGCUUGUUUAAUGGAGUGCACGCACCCAACAUAGACUUCUCCGUAAACCGGUUUGUCGGUGUAUCUGAGUACUGGUAUACUGCUGAUGAUGUUCUUAAGUUAGGAGGUGAAUGGAAUUAUGAAGUAUUUGAGGAGAAGGCGGCUGACUACUGCUCAUUAUAUUGGGAUGACAUCUUAGAUAAAUAUCCUGAUAUUGAUAUACAGCGGCUAGAGAUGCAAUGUUUUAAGUCUGCGUGGUUAGUGAACUUUCUGCAUGAUGGAAUUGGGAUUCCUAAUGACAGUGAUGUAGACAAUGUUGUUGGUGAGGAUAACCCACCCUUCCGGAGUGUCAAGGAUAUUAAUAAGAUACAAGUAAGCUGGACGCUAGGUAUGAUGGUAAUGGAGGUAUCUCGUUCAAUACCUCCACCUCCACCGACACAUAUUAUAACGCCACCACCUGAUGUAAAAGAUUCGACGUUUGUAUUUGAUAACUACUUUGUAAUGUUGAUAUUUCUACUGGUAUUUUUUACAAGCGGAGUCUUCUUCUAUCUUCGUAAGAAUGGAAAUGUAAGGAGGAGGAUGUUUUCAUGUUUGCAUGCGUGCUUUUCAUCGCCAUGUAGGCGAGACAGUUCCGAUUACAGCAUUAUAGACGGAGGACAAUCUAACUCGGCUCCUAGUUGGCGUAUAUUAAACACUGUGAAGAUGAUGCAUAUCGUUAUGAAAGUGUGGAUUAAUCGGUUUAAGCCACAAUUUAGACCAUUUUCCUCUAAAAAAGGGGCCGAUUCCAGUGAACAUGUGUUCGGGAGUGGAAUAUCCGGCGAAGAUGACAUCCAUCUUCGACCAACAGACGCAGGAAGUGCUAUUCAAGAGUCUCAAACUUCUGUGGGCGAGAAUGUAUUCCAAUCCAGAUAUCCGAAGAAGAGGUUGAGCGGCGAUAGUGUUGCUCCGGGUAGUCCGCACGAGGGCAUUGUUGAGGCUGAGGUUUUAUCAGCAUCUACGCCAGGCCCAUUAUCUCUGAACGGAUUACAGUCUCGUAAUACAAGCUCGACUACCAUUAAUAUAAUGAGCGGUAAUAGUAACAACGGUAAUCCAGGAUAUUCAUCGACCCGUGCUCGAUCCACUCCAUCCCUACUGCUCGGCGGUGUACGGAAGAACGAUGUUAAUAAUGAUGAUAAUAUUAUUGAAUAUGAGGCUUCGGAUUCCGGGCAGUUAGACCACGUGACUCAUUUGGCAUCUCUAUUAUCUUAUUCAUCAUCAACCAUACCAAGGGCAUAUAACUUUCCUUCGACAACAUCACCACGUAAUUCAAUACAACCUGUUGGAGGUAGCGGUGUUGGGUACCAUAGCAAUCAUUCAUCGGUGGAUAUGGGCUCGGUGGGAGGGAUAACAGGUUUCAACAGACCGAACAGCCGAGCAGGAAGGACGAUGAAUGUGGACAAAAACAAUAAGGGACUUGCAAAAGAUUUAGAAUAG